UUGAUAGAUAAUCUCUGCUGGAAGGGUGUCUGUAAGUAGAAGUGAAUGAGCGAUUAUCAUAGCUUUCCACUGCUUUGCAGAAAAAAGUCGCGAAGCAGGAAGAUAAACUGAUUUCAAUCCCAAUUGACGGGAUGAAUGGAUGCUUGCAUCCGAUCCCGAUGCAGCAUUUGGCUUGAAAUUGAACUUCAACUAUGAUAUGUUUCUGACCAGGGAAAAAUUAAAAAAACUGUAGCGCAUCACGAGUUACACAAUUCGUGGCACGAUCUAUGACAUGUCGAGGAUUCCCCUCCCAGGGAUUACCAUAGUUGUCUCAAACUUCAGCGGGCGAUUUUUUUUUUUUAAAGGCGAUAGAUGUUAUCAUCAUCAGGUACCGUAAUCAUAUGUUUACCCGAGUUCUAUUAGAAGCUGUCUCGAACCUAACGCAAUCUUUUUUUGUAAAAUAUACAAAAGGAUGAUCACGUCCAUCAUCGGUCAUAGUGUGUCGUGUCUGUCAAAGCGGUCACCGCCCUGUUCCACCACCACGCGGCGCUUUUUUCAUCCAUUUCGUCACCUGCCGCUGAUUCGGGCAACAACUUCCCACUUAGAUAUAUUAUCAUGAAGUGAUACGGAAGGGAAGGCUACCGUGCCUAUAUAUAUUGUGUUCGUGAAGGAGAAAGGGGAGGAACCAACCAGGAAGAUGGCGCUGGCCAAGGCCAAGGACAUCGUCUCGUCUGCUCCUGUCGUCGUCUUCAGCAAGACGUACUGUGGGUACUGCAAGCGGGUCAGGCAGCUGCUGGCACAACUAGGGGCAAGUUAUGAAGUGAUUGAGUUGGAUGUGGAAAGUGAUGGAUCCGAGAUGCACCCUGCACUGGUAGAAUGGACCGUUCCAAAUGUUUUCAUCGGUGGAAAUCAUGUCGGAGGUUGUGACGUUGUUCUGGAGAGGCACGAUGAAGGUAAUAAGCUGGUGCCCCAGUUGAUGGGAGCUGGCGUCCUCCCUAGUCCUGCCGAAUAAUAGAGAUAUGCACGCAUGUUUGAUGGCGGUUCAAUGUGGUGUUUGGUGCACGGAGGAAGGCCGAGAGAGAUACCAUCUCCCUGUAUAAUUUAUAUACAAUAUGUUUAGGAGCUCGCAAGCAUUAGCUGUUCAAUGUUAAUCGUGUUUAUUUCUCUCUGUUGUUUGUCCAUGACCGUAAUACGAAGAAGGCCCUCUUAUCAUGCGCGUUUU